GGAUGGAGCUAUUUGAGGACUUCGACGGAGCACGUACUCUGACAACAACGACUUGUUUAUCAAGUUUAAUGAUGAUGCUGGCUGCUUUGAAGAAGGUUUGGAUAUGGGUGGCCCAAGACGUGAAUUCCUGACGCUUCUUAUGAGCCAUCUGAGAAAUCGCCCCAUCUCUGAUGGACCUCCAGAUCAUCGUUAUCUUGUAUAUAACUCAAGAGCUGCCAUGGAAGAUGAGUAUUUCUUAGCAGGAAAGAUGAUAGCUGUAUCUAUUGUAAAUGGAGGACCAGCACCACAUUUCCUCUCAAAGAACCUGGUCAACCGCAUGAUAGGAGAUCCAUCUUUCAGCGCCACUAUAGAAGAUGUGAAAGAUGAGGAGAUAGGGAAAGUACUGCACCAGGUCCUAGAAGCAGAAUCAGAUGAAGUUUUGCAAAAUUUAAUUUUGCAAAACAGUACUAUCUUCCAAACUGCUGGAUGCCUCAGAAGUGUUAAGACUUGUGAAAAGCAAGGUUUCGUGGAGGAGUAUAUCAAAUGGUACAUCAUUGAGAAAAAUGAAAGUGCCAUUCAAAGAUUUAAAGAUGGACUGGACAGUCUUCAUUUUUUCACUGCAGUCCAGCAGUAUCCGAGUGUUCUGGCCCCAUUGUUAUACCUGACUUACAAGACCCUGACUGCAUCAGAUAUGGAGAAUAUAUUCAGACCAAGUCUCAGCCCAGCAGGAAGCAACAGGCGGCAGAAGGAAGCGCUAACACUUGGCUUUUGGGCAGAUUAUCUGCUUGAUUGUGAAGAGAAAGUGACAGCUGUGUCACUGGAAGAAUUAUUAAUGUUUGCAACAGGUUUGACUGCACUUCCACCAGCUGGGAUGACACCACCUCCAUGCCUAGAGUUUUCGAGUGAUUCACCUUUUCCUGUUGCCAACACCUGUGCAAAUGCACUGAAGCUACCACUCUCUGAAUCAUACAGAAUCUUUAAGGCAAAUAUGGACUUUGGAAUACAAAAUUCCCCUGGAUUUGGAAAUUUUUAAAUCACACGUCUUAAGUGUCAUGACAGUUAUUAAUGUUCACUGAGUGAUUUAAAUAAAUUGUUACAGAAGAUUUCAUUGAC